ACACAGUGGUUGAACAUAGAUCCUUGACUGGAACGUCAUGACAACCAAACAAACUAAAGGCUCCCGAUUGCACAGAUCCAGUAUAAAGGUGAAGAAGAGGUGGUUUACGGGCUCCGGCCUUCUGUGCAGAGCAGUUUAAGACAGUUCACCAUGGAAAACCUCUGCUGAGUGGAACAAUGGCUUCUAAUGCUUGUGGAGGUGAAAUCCUGCUUGUGCUCCAUGGUAGAAUGACCUCCUGGCAACCCAGCUUUUGAGCUCCCCGCAUUGUGGGAGGAGAGAGGGGAGAGAUCAGAAUCCGUUGAUGUGUACAAGCAAGUAAGUAACUGAGUCAGAGAGUGAGAGAGAGAGAGAGAGAGAGAGAGAGAGAGAGAGAGAGGGGUAGGGAAAGAGGCUUCUCCCCUCGCCCCUGCUGAAUAGAGCUUCAGUUGAGCCGUGUAGGAACAACAGACUAGUUGAAUUCCUCUAUAGGACAGUACAGAGAACAAAGCUCCAGCAGCAACUCAGCUCCAGUGUCAGUUCCUCAGCCAUGAAUGACAUCAAACUAGCCCUGCUGGGAAGUGAGGGAGCAGGCAAAUCAGCGGUUCUGGUGAGAUUCCUGACCAAGCGCUUCAUUGGGGAAUACGCCUCCAAUGCAAACUCCUUAUACCAUAAAAGGCUCUCCAUUGAUGGCAGACAGUUGAACCUGGAAGUCUUUGAUCCAUGCUCACAGAGUGGAGAGAGCAGAUGCAUCCUGGAGGAGCCUAUGGACUGGGCUGAUGGUUUUGUGGUGGUGUACACCAUCAGCGACCGCUUGACCUUCCUCAAUGCCAAGAACAUCCUGCACCAAAUCAAAGAGAGCCGUAGGGAGACCUGCAAAGGUGAGAUGGAUGUACCCAUUUGCCUGGUGGGGAAUAAGCAGGAUCUGUGCCACAGUCGGCAGGUGAGUGAGGAAGAGGGCCGAUCUCUAGCCCUGGAGCACAAGUGCCUCUUCCAGGAGGUGUCCGCUGCUGAGAACUACCUGGACAUCGCAAACCUCUUCACUAAACUCAUCCGUCACGUGAUGGAACAAAUGAAGUACAGAUCUGACCGCAGACGCUACAGCGGCUCAAAGUCCAUGGCCAAGCUUAUUAACAAUGUCUUUGGAAAGCGGAGGAAGUCUGUCUGAACACAGACACGAAAGGACACAAGAAAUAUUGGGGCAAUCUUACAUGAAUUGGGAACGAUAUUGUAGCUUGGGCAAGUUACCUUGAGUCUAAUCUCUUUUUGGAUGUGUCUGUAUGCAAAAAUGGCAACAGACAGUAAUCAAAGAUAGUCUGAUUACUAGAGGAAAGCAGCCAAUAGCGUACUCUGUAUAGGCAUGACUGCUACUACGAAAUGUAUUAAAGGGAGAGAAACUGACUCACUGAGAAUUAUUUCAAGCAAAUGGUCACCGCCUGGGAGACGUGCCAUAUACACUGAUAAGGCAUGACA